AUGCCUCGAGUCAGCAUCAGCCCUAUCCAGGUCGGGCCUCUCAACUUCCUGAUCCUUGACUGUCCAUCAGACACAACCUUACCGGCCUACAUCCCCGUCCUCGAAGAACACAACGUCACCGACCUCGUCCGCAUCUGUGAAGGAAGCCCCUACGACCCAACACCCCUCAGCGACAUUGGCAUCGCUGUCCAUGACAACAUGAAAUUCCAGGACGGAACUGCACCCGCAAAGGACGUCGUUGCGCGCUGGUUAGAUCUCAACGACGACGUCUUUUUCAAUUCACCCAACAAGGAUCGCUGUAUUGCCGUCCACUGUGUCUCUGGCAUCGGAAGAGCACCUGUUCUCGUGGCUAUCGCGCUUGUGGAAGGAGGCAUGGAUCCAUUGGACGCCAUUACAUAUAUCCGCAAAGUCAGACGAGGUGCGCUCAAUCGCAUCCAGCUCGCAUUUCUUGACAGCUACAAAAAGAGGAAACAGGGAUUCGGGACAAAGAAACCGCCUAAUAAAGCCAUCGCCCCGGCUGCCACCAACAAAUCCAACUCCAACAACUCUACUCCUUCGAGCCAGCCCAUUGCAGGAUCAGGGUCCGGGAGCGAGAAAAAGAAAACGGGAUUUAUAUCCAAAAUAUUUGGGAAGAAAUAA